AUGGUCUCUCAACAUGUUGUUGAUUUGUGUCAAGCAACUGAGACUGUCAGCUCUGUCCUAGCAAAGGAUCCAAGUCAAUCACCAGGAGAUAUUAUCAAGAAGCUAUAUGGCCACCACGAACAUGGCCUGCAUCACAACACGUCACACCAAAAUCAUACACCACCGCCAUCUCCCCCAAAUGAAACCAUCAACACAGUCGACAAAGCCCUUCAGUGCGGACAUUGGGGCUCUGCAGUACCCAGCCAACUCUUCCUACAAGCUUUCGCCGACGCUCUGCAAUGUCUCGACAAGGACCCAAUAGCUGGAGUCGUCUCUCCUCCUCUAAUGGGUUCUCAUGGCACCAUGCCUCUAACAGUGAUUGCGCCCUUGACCGAUGUAAUGCGCCAUACGGCGAAUCUCAUCGUGCGCGCUCAAAAGGAAGUUUUCCUCGUCACUUGCUCAUGGGCUCCAUCCGUGGCGCAAAGAUUAAUUAGGGGCGCAUUAAUUGAACUUUCCCGGCGCGCAGGUCAAAGAGGAGAGAGGGUCAUAGUCAAAGUCAUGUAUGAUAAAGCCGGUCCUGCAAACGCCGUGAAUCCGCACCAAAAUAUCAAGCCCAAGUCUUACACAGCCAAGUCGAUCGACCUUCCGUCACCAGAGGAGAUACCUAACAUCGACAUGGAAGUGGUCAGUCUACACAGAUUCGUGUUGGGAACAUUACAUGCAAAGUUUUGCGUGGUCGAUCGCAGAGUUGCAGCAGUCAUGAGCAACAACACCGAGGACAAUGAUAAUCUUGAGAUGAUGAUUCACGUCGAAGGGCCAAUUGUUGACAGCAUAUACGACACGGCUUUAAUUACUUGGCAAAACGGACUAAAUCCACAACUCCCUCUAUGCGACUCUCCUCCUGCCUCUGAAACUGGUGCGCUAUCACCUGUUCACAGACCUGAUUACAAGGACAUCACUACUACCCAGGAGCGAAUCGCAACCGCCACAGAAAGAAAUAACGAGGAAGUAACUCGAGAACAUACGCCAGAGGAUCCCCAUUUCGAUGAAGAUAUCGUAGGUGAAGUCAAACGCAUGCAGGCCAGCUACUGCGAGAAAGUGGGAGAAACGCGUCUUCAGGCUGCUAAUCGCAAACUCAAUGUCGCCGCACCCACUCCUGUCGAGCCCACAGGUCCUGAGAUCCAAGCUGGCGAAGAAAUGACGCCUUACAUUCUUACUAGCAGCAACAGUGUUCCCAUGGCGCUCGUAUCUCGCCCUCCUUACGGCGCGAUCGACUCAAAAAAUGUCCAUGUCCCCCAGAACGAAGCCUGGCUAUCCCUCAUUCGAAAUGCGCAACGCAACAUAUUUAUCCAAACUCCCGACCUCAAUGCUGGUCCCUUGAUUCCUGCGAUUAUCGAUGCACUCAAGAGGGGUGUGGAAGUCACCUACUACGUGUGUUUUGGAUAUAACGACCCUGGGGAAAUGAUUCCUGGGCAGGGUGGAACGAACGACCAGAUUGCACAAACACUCGUCGCUUCACUGCCUGAAGCUGGCAGUGAGCGCGAGCUUCUGCAUAUAUACAACUAUGUAGGGAAGGACCAAGAUCACCCCAUCCACCAAUCUUUCAAGUCUCGGUCUUGUCACAUCAAAUUGUUGAUCGUGGAUGGAAGUGUUGGAAUUCAGGGAAGUGGUAACCAAGAUACGCAAUCCUGGUUUCAUAGUCAGGAAAUCAACGUGAUGGUAGAUAGCGUGGAGAUAUGUCAGAAAUGGAGAGAGGGUAUCGAUAGGAAUCAGAACACGAAGAAAUUUGGCAGGGUUGCAAAGGAUGGAAUUUGGAGGGAUGAAAAUGGAAAACCUGGGAAGGGAUACAUGGGUAAUCCAGGAACUGUGAUGGGGUUGGUCAAAGGCGCGAUGGGAAUGAUUCAAAAAUGGAAAGGGCCAGGAGGAUUUUAG